AUGAACGGCGGGUGGUAUUUCCACAAUGCAGUGGUUGCGAUUGAUACUGAUUGCGCGCUUCCAAAUAAGGCCGAAAGCUCUGCCCAGACUCAGUUUGCUACUACAACCUUUUAUCGGUUGAUAAACCCUGUAUCUGGUUGGAGGGCCUUCAACCCGAAUGACAACCAGCGCCUGGCUGAGGCAGCCAGUACCGGCGCAAAAGGGUCUGUACCUGUGGGAUUUAUGCAAAUGUUAUAUCACGUUAAAGACUUGAAAGUAUUAGAGCCAAUAUAUUGGUCGCGCGUGGUUCACCCGGCCCAUGUGCAUUAUGGCCGAUGGGUUUUUGCAAGUACACAAACACCAGUGGCUCCAGACUGGGAUACGGAAAUAUGCGCCCUUUACGAUAAACUAAAGCCAUGGACCAGUGAAUAUCUAGAAACUGUGGAAUCAGCAAGACUUACUCCGGAAAUUCUCAAUAUUAUCGCGGUCAGAGUAACAUUUCUCCAGGGCAGCCAGCCUUUGGACGUAACCAUUCUUUUUGAGCCUGGCUCCGAUGGAGUAGCUCACCUGUUUUCGACAAACCGAUUCAACGUAUGCAAAAGGUUAGCCAACGACCUCAUACUACACAAAGCACCAAAAGAUGUUUGCCAAACUUUAGUUCCGUUUGAUUGGAUACAGUAUCAAAAACUUCAUGGAAUGACCGAGCAGCCCUUCCAGCUCAUUGGCUACAAACCGCCUGAGGUUACCUCUCUUAUCCUGGUGUUUCACGGAAUAGGUCAAAAACUGAGUGAGAAGAUUGAAUCUGUGAAUUUUACCUAUGCAAUAGAAUCGUUACGGGUACUUAUCCAUUCACAGCUCCAAAAGAAGCCAGUAUCGGAGCAUGUUUCACCCAGUACGCAUCUAUUAGUCCUACCGGUAAAUUGGAGAGCCGCACUAUCCUUUCAAGACGAUAAAGAUAGCUUUCCCCUAGAGGAUAUAUCUCCUCCUACUAUUCCUUUAAUCCGGCGUGCUAUAACCGAUAUUUUCAUGGACCUGCCGUAUUACAUGUCACAUCAUCGGUCUAGCAUAUUGGAAGCCGCUUCAGCUGAGGCAAACAGACUCUACGACUUGGUUUGUCAAUACAAUCCAUCAUUUUCUGAGAAAGGAAAAGUGAAUUUGAUUGGCCAUUCUUUGGGCAGCUUGAUUGUGGCAGAUUUGUUGAGCGAACAGCCGAACGAUUGGCGGAGUGAGGGUGGACGUUUGAGGUUCAAUACAAAAUGCUUUUUCACAACUGGCAGUCCGUUGGCAUUAUUUUUGCAUUUUCAACAUGCAAACAUAAUUCCGAGAUCCUUGGCGACCACUACCGAGCCAACCUUGGGCUGUUUUGCAGCUGAGAGCUUUUAUAAUUUGAUCAACCAUUCUGAUGUUUUUGCAUUUUUACUGAGUCCUACAGUCAAAGGGAAUCCAGUCAAAAGGCCGCGUGUGUUAAAUUACGCAGCCGCUAAGGAUGAGAAACGAACUUUUUCGAUUUUCAAUCGAGCUCGGGCUACUAACAAGACAGUUGAAUCUACCCCUGAGCUGAAAAUGCUCAACGACUAUGGGCAACUUGACUGGAUACUUCCUGUAGGACCUCGCACAUUCGAGAACCAAUACUUUAAAAUUUUCACUGCGCAUUUUGACUAUUGGAGUAAUGUGGAAUUUGCAACAUUCGUUGCCAUUGAAUGUGGUCGUAAGGAGGGCGCUGAAAACGCUGUGGAAGAAUACAAGGUGCAGGCAUCACAGCUUUAA